AUGCAGGGGGGGAGCCCACGGCACCCGGGCCUUCAGCAGCGGCAACGCGUGGCACCGGCCAGCGGCCGGGCUGUCCCGAACCCCGUGGCCCGGCUGCCCCGAAACCCGCGCCCCGCCACCAGCGCAGCGACGCCCCUGCCCCGGGGGCUGCGGGCAGAGACCCGCGCAGCGGCGGCGGGACGCCCCUCCGCGCCUGGGCGGGCCGGUCCCGGCGGUCCCACUCCCCACCGGGCUGCGGGACCGCAGCUCCGCACCGGCGUUGGCGCAGAGCAGCGCCAGCCCGGGGCCUCCCCGCGGCCCCCACGCCGCGCCCGCCCGACCCCCGCCCGCCACGCACCUGCCUUACGGCCCACCGGUUCCGCUGCCGCCAAGAGCCGGCGCGGCGCGACACUGCCGUACGCCGGGCGGGCGGGGCCGUGUUCGGCGCGGCCCGCGGUGGGGCUGUCCCGGUGCCCCCGGCGGGGCUGUCGCGGUAACGCCGGCGGGGCUGUCCCGAUAACCCCGGCCUCCGCUGGCCUCCGCUGGCGCCUGCCCGGGUCUCCGUGCUCCGCCGAGCCGGCGCCGCGCUCAGGCCUACGUCGGCUACAGGCCGCGCCUCCGCAGCGUUCUCUGUGCCGACAAACGCGUCUCGCCGAGCUGCCGCGGCUGCUGAGCCCGGCCGCCCGCCCCAGUUAUGCCCGGCGUGGAAUAGGAAUAUGCCGUGGGGGCAGCGCCCAGCAGUAUUUCACAGAAUCAAUUAUGUUGAUAAAGACGUAA